UUUACUUUUCCCAAAAGAAACCCCAACACAAUUGUCACAAGAUCACAUCUACUCAAUCCGGCAAUAAUAUUUGUAUUUUUUUCCAACCCUAACCCCAAUCCUCUCCGGAAACCCGGACUAAAACGGUCCAAAUGGAGAGAGAGUGACCCAAGUCUUUUUGGCGCCAAAGUUCCUCUCUAAUCUAUGUCUCUCGGGCAAUGGCAGUCUUCAAGCAUCUUCUUAUCAAAUUUCUCCCCUCUCGUCUCUAGAGGAGCAGAGCUCGCAUCGUUCUAUCAAUGGCGAGUUCUGGUUUUCGCCCUCCUCAGUUUUCUGAGGAUGUAGCUUGGCUUCCAGUCUGGCUUCAGCCAUGCCGAAUAUCACCAUUCGACGAGAGCACAAAGGAUUCUCAAGACCCUCGUCAACAAACAUGCAAGGAUUUGGUCUUUGUUCAAGAAGAUACUCAUGAAGCUAGAGAUGUAGAUUUGUGUCCAAGAGAAGAUGCUCUAUACAAAAGUUGUCAUUUAUUCUUGUCAGGGGGAGACAAUACACCUACUGGAACCAUGCCAUCUUCUGAAAAUAUGCCUCAUUUCCAUCUACAUCUUUCCUCAGAUGGUAUUUCACAACAUACUCCAGGUUCAAUUCUUGAUAUUAUUAAAACAGAGAGCAUCCUAUCCAAGGAAAUGCUUAAUGUAGCUUCAGCCAUUCCAGAGAACAGUGGCAGCCAAGUCAGAAAUGUAAACAUGUUGCUCUCAACAUCCAAGCCAAGAGAUUCACAGAAUUCCAGGAUUCAAUCCCUUGGAAAAAGUAACAGGAACAAUAGGAGGAAAAAACAAGAAAAAUCUAACAGCAGACGCCUUAAAACUGCUAAUUUUGAAGAUGCGAUUGAACUCUCCAUUGCAGCUUCUGAAGCACUGGUGAUAUCUGAGCUAGUAAAAAACAGUGCAGCUUUAGAAAGUUUGUCAGCUAAUUCUGUACUUGAAGUUGCACUUAGGGUGAAGGAAGCACGGAACGGAAACUUGCUUCUGGAUGGAUUGGAUGAUGCCUCUACUUGCUCGAGUAAGGGGGUGGAUGAGACUGAACUGCUAUUGGAUCUGGAUGAAGACUUUAUGGAAGAUGCUUUUGAGGAUGUAGGGAUAUCUGUUAAAUGGGUUUCUUCUUCUUGUAAUAAUCAAUGUGGCUUCAAUUUGGCUACAAAGGACGCAUGCAGCCCAUCGAGGAUUUUUUCUCAUGUUUUAGAUACUCCUGCAUCAGGAAAGCAGGAUGCAUGUGAUUCUGAUGUUCAGUACAGGGGGUUCAGAGUUCAAGAGGGAGUCAAAUUUGAUAUUGCUGAUGCAAAUUUAUUUUACACUCAAGCAAGUAUAGAUUCUCCUUGGGUUCAAGAAUCAGGGAAAGCUGUUGCAGAAAAUGAAAUAACUGAUGUAGAUACAGACAAAUUCAGAAGCCGUUGGUUAGGUGGUUGGACUAUCAAGCCUGAUAAUUCUGGGAUCUUGAAGGAUGCUGAAGUUUUUGCAUGCUUGGACCAAAGUAGUAGGAAAGGCCCAGGGAAAUUCUUCAUUGGAGAGACCAGCUUUCUCUCAGAAUCUGCGGAUGUUGCCCCAGAUGAAAACUCUUUUGUACAGAAUCUGGAGACAUGUAUAUCUUUGAUGCCAGGCAUGCCUUCUGAAUAUCUAUGUGAUAGAACAGAUGAGGAAAUAGUACCUUCUCAAGAUAUUGUGAGAUCAUCUAGUCUUUCCUUGGCAGAUCCUAUUUGUUCCCUUGUUCCAUGCAGUGUUUCCUGUGACAAUGUCAAUGAUACUUUAUAUCCAGACCAGAAAUAUAGAGAAGAGGAAACUGAUGAGUGUUUGAAUCCCAUAUCAGACCUUGGGACAGACAAUUUGCCCAGAACACUGGCUUCAACUGUACAAUCUGCUAAUACAGAAAAUAAUACUCUACCCAAAAUCCAUAGUAAAAUUUCUGGGGCUACAAGUCGGAGGGAGUUGAACUCCCUCAAAGCUUAUAGCAUGUUAGUGCCUGCUCAGAAUUUCAUUUCAAAGAGUAAAAACAUUCACGGUAAUGAAUCACUUUCAGUGGCAGGUGCUUUGGGGUUUCUUUCCCCUGAAAAAGGUGAUAAUUAUUUAAGGUCUUCCAGUAACGAGGCAACUAGACUCUUAUGUUUAGAUCCUGCAUCUAAAUGUUCUGCUGGUGAAGGUUGUGAAAUUUCUGCCACUGGGAAGCAUAUCCCAGAAUUGAUGGUUAAAAAGACCACUAGCAAAGAAACUGAAAGUAGUAGAGAUGAGUUGCAGGUUAAUCAGAAAGAGGAUAGGUGGUCACCUAUUAUUUUAAAUAAUGGGAGCCGUCGUCGUCAUCGGGCUUCAAAAAUUGUUGAAAGUUACAUUACUGGAGAAGGGAAUUUAGAAAGGUUUUUAGUACCAGAACUGAUGAAGAACACGAAUUUAGUUUGUUGUGAGGAUCAAAGUAAGACUAAGUUGCUUCCUCAAUUGCCAUCCAGUCCAUUACCACACCCUCAUGAUGAUCAAGGUCCGCCGCCAAAAAAGAAAGUUCGUUUCUCAGAGGACAAAAUCAAGUUUCAGCAUAACAAGAGCCGCCCAGGUUCAAUAACAAGAUUUGGCAAAAGGUUGGAAAAUUCCAACUCCCAGUUAAAUUUUAGAGCUAGAAAAGUGAAUAGUCUGAAAAAUUGCCGCAUCAAGUACAGAAGCAGAAUGAUAUUUCAAGGCAUAGAGUUUUUGUUGACAGGAUUUUCUAGUCAGAAGGAAAGGGAACUUGAAGCACUUAUAAGAGAACAUGGGGGUAUUGUUCUGUCUCACAUUCCUUUACCUUCUCUUGAUAUAAGAGGAAAUAGAAGAUCAAGGCGAAAUCAGAAGCAGAAACUCCUUCCUGUUUUGCUGGCCCCCAAAAAGUUAGAAACAACCAAAUUCUUAUAUGGUUGUGCGGUAAAUGCCUUCUUGCUGAAAGAUAAUUGGCUUACUGAUUCAAUUGUGGCGGGUUCAAUGUUAAAUCCAGAUAAAAGAUACAUGAUUCUACAAAAUCAAACUAAUGCCAAGGUCAGGAGAAUAGGCCGCUCGGUUUGUUGUGAUAACAUGUCCUACAUAUUUGAUAGAGUUGGUGUCAUGCUCCAUGGAAGACACAGUUUUUGCACUAAAUUGGCAAAUAUUGUUAAGCAUGGUGGAGGACAGGUGUUCAGAACUCUCCAGUGGUUAAUCCAGAGUUUGCAGAACGGAAAAAAUUCUGUGGGUGUUAUUGUUGCUGAGGAUGUAAGUAGGGCAUCACGUCAUUUGAGGCACUGUGCUUUGGAGCAAAAGCUACCCAUGAUGCCAGCUACCUGGGUCAUAGACAGCUUACAUUUAGGAAGGCUACUUCCUUUCGUGGAGGAUGGGCCCUCCUAUCUUAACUCAACAGUUGAGGUUCCUGAUUGUUCAACUGCAGUGGAGUCAAGUGAAGAAACAUGAUUGUUGCUUUUUGUAGUUCAGCUUGUGGAGAUGACUGGCAAGAAGCUUCCGCAAGCAUUUCUGUUGUAAUAUUUGUUGAUGAUUCUUUCAAUUUUUUGUUCAUCUCUGAUCCUUAGUUUGAAGAGAAAGUAGAGGCAUUGCAAACCUGGGUGAUCCGUUCUUCGAUGCUUUCUGCCUGGGUGACUUCGAGCCCUGCUGCUAUUCGAGUAGCAGUUUGGAACAUUAGAAUACAAGGUAAAGAUAUCUUGUAAUCAUUCUUAUUUUCUCCUGAUAAUUUUUGCCUGGAUUACUUGAAGUCCAGGUGCUCUGUUGGGGCAUUAAGAUGUAACACUAGGCCUCGUGGUAAAAUGUUUGUGUUAUCUUGUAGUCGUGUCUUAAUAUUAUGUAUAUACUAGAUUUUUACAUUGCUUAUAAAAGGGAACGUGUGUUGCAUGUAAA